AGUUUAAAAAUUUAUCGCAUAAUGCUUUUUCCAUACCAUUUUUUAGAUGUAAAAAUUCUUUUGUAUCUUUUAAGCACUUUGAAUAUUCAUUUUUAACAUUGUGAAGUCUUGAUUUAACCAUGUUUAAUUUAUCGCUUAAAUGCCUAUUUAACGCAAGUACAACUUCGAGUAAAUCGGAACGGGAGACACACGGUGACCCGUCUAGUUCAAUAGGCAAGAAACCUUCAAUUAUAAUUGAGUUAUUUAAUACUCUUUUCCAAUAAAAGAAACCACUUCUUAACUCAUAAAGGUAAUCUUUUCUCUGUUGUGAUAAACAUUGUUUGACUUGAGUAAAAUAGUCGGGUUCAGUCAUUUGCAAAUUUUUACUGAAGCCCGACAAACGAGUGUAUGAAAAUCUUCCUUUCCAAACAUUUUCUUCGUGGUAAAUAUACAUUUCAAAGGAUUUUGUUUGCCAUCCAAUCAGGCAUCUCUACCCCAGUUAUCCAGUACCCCUGCGUGAGAGGCAAGAGACACGUGAACAUGAAAGCCUUUAUUUUAGCAGUCCUUGGGCUCAUCGCAGCUUGCGAGGCAGGAGACACACUAAGAUUGACAUACGGUACGGCGCCUGCCUGCAAGAUAGGCACAGAAUGCUUUGUACCAUUGCCUCGUAACAUAGACGAAGCUCUCACUGCCGGCUAUGUACAAGUUGACAUGCCGGAUAAAGACUUACAGAAUACAGAGUGCUAUGUUAACCCGGAGGAACCCAAAAUCGGACUCAUUUGCGAUGUAGAUACUCGUGGAGUAGUGGGUCUAAACGUUGCAAUAGAUAUAGAAAACGACGUGAAAAACCCACCGUUUGAUUUCUUAAAAUUGGGAUGGAUACUUUAUACAUUGUUUGGACGUGAAUGUUACGCUAUUCAAAUUCUUUACGUUUCCCCAGAAUCUUUAGAGAGGUCUGCGCAGGAACGCAUCGCUAGCUACAAUCCAGACGACGUCUAUCAAGAAACCCAUGUGUACUUGCCUGGACGCAAUGGUGAUUGGAUGGCUGUUCCACGUGAUGAAAAUAAAGUUGCUGAGGAAACAGUAUUCACAAUUCAAGGCUAUCUUCCUCAAAUGGGCCGUCACUACUUUGAAAAGGUUACUAAAACCAUGCAGUGCACCGAAGAAGAAAUGCCUUCAUGGUUCUUGUUGUUUGAAAAAUAUUCAAUGGUAGGAAUUGGAUGUAUUAUGCCGAUGGAUCAUCCGGCCGAAGUAGAGGGUAAAACGAGUCGGUUCGAAUCUCCUGCCGAAGCUGCUAUUAAGCUCCUCGUUCCCAAUGGACCAGCAUGCCUUCCCAAAAUGACCAUAACGACCUUACACGUGUACACCGCUGCCAAACCCUGGAAUAUAGGGAUACCUUUGAGAAGCCACGAGUAAAUCAGUCAUCAUGUAAAGAGUAUUUGUGGUAAGGUACCUAAACAUACAUCUUACAGCCUAGCACUCAUUUUAUUGUCCCUACUUGUUUAUGUUUCUUUUUUCCAUGUUAUUAUUUAUGAUAUUAAAGUUUGAAUAUUGUGUUA